GUCAGGCGUGGGCGUGUCUGACGUCGGCGCGGUGACGUCAGCGGGCCGUGCCCUCUAUAUGAGGUUGGGGAGCGGCUGCGUCGGCCUUUUCCGCCCGCUCCCUCCUUCCCCCCCUCCCUCCCUCCGAGCGCCGCUCCGGCCGCACCGACCUCCGCAGACGCCGCCGCCAUGAUCAUCUACCGGGACCUCAUCAGCCACGACGAGAUGUUCUCCGACAUCUACAAGAUCCGGGAGAUCGCCAACGGGCUGUGCCUGGAGGUGGAGGGGAAGAUGGUCAGUAGGACAGAAGGCACCAUCGACGACGCGCUCAUCGGCGGCAACGCCUCCGCCGAAGGCCCCGAGGGCGAGGGCACCGAUGCCACCGUCGUCACCGGCGUGGACAUCGUCAUGAACCAUCACCUGCAGGAGACGAGCUUCACCAAGGAAUCCUACAAAAAGUACAUCAAAGACUACAUGAAAUCAAUCAAGGGCAGACUUGAAGAACAGAAGCCAGAUAGAGUAAAACCUUUUAUGACAGGAGCCGCAGAACAAAUCAAACACAUCCUUGCUAAUUUCAAAAACUAUCAAUUCUUUAUAGGCGAGAACAUGAAUCCCGAUGGCAUGGUGGCCCUGCUGGACUUCCGUGAGGACGGCGUGACCCCCUAUAUGAUCUUCUUCAAAGAUGGCUUAGAAAUGGAGAAGUGUAUGCAAGAAAAAAUUCCUCGCGCUUUCUGCCUGCUUGAUCUGUGGCAGUCCAGAUUGAAUAGAGGAAGACAAGUCCUUAGAGGAAAGGUGGAUUCAAGACGGGCCUUCUGUCUUGAAACUCUCAGGAUUGGAGUCAGGGGAAUGGGUUGAAGAGUUCAUUGGACUCCAGCCAAUGGUUUAGCCCAUUCAUAAAACAGUCCCUUUCCAAAGCAUUUUGCACUGUUUUCUAUUGUAGGUCACGAAGUUUUGUGAUUUGAAGGUGAGAGGUAACAAUCUUUUAAAGCUCCUGUUUGGAUAGCCAGGGUUGGGUAUGGCUUUGAAACGAAAGAUUUAUUCCUGGUUUGCAAGACUUGGACACUUCCAUAAUGGCAGCAGGGCCAAGAAUGCCUGCAAGUCUUCUUUUUGUGAUAGUCUUUUUGAUUGCUUCAGUAGCCUAAGCACAAAUGAAACUGCAAUAAAAGUCUGUGUCUAAAAUGAA